AUGUCUGCUCAAAACAAGAACGUUAUUUGCGUUACUUCUUGUGACAGUUAUCUGGGAUACGCAAUUACUCAAGUCUUACUUCAAGACAAGAAGCAAAAUCAGAGGGCUUAUACUGUUCGUGCUCUUGCACGUGAUAUCUCUGGGUUGAAUGGUCUUAAGAAACAUGGUGCUGAGGUUGCCCAAAUUGAUUACAAUAAUCAAGGAACAAUUGAACAAGCUUUAAACGGUGGCAUUUGGGUUCUUAUGCUCCCUGAAUCGGAUAACGAUCGUUGUAAUUAUGCUAAAAUUUUCGCGAAUACUUGUAAAAAAGUUGGUGUAGGCAACAUGCUCUUUCUUUCGUUACUUGGUGCCGAUGAUGCCGAUGAAAAAAGUCUCCGCGAAUUCAGGGAUAUGGAAAAAAAAGUCGAAGCUGCUGUUGAUCGCAAUUGUAUCCUCAGAUGUGCGUUCGUGGUGCAAUGUUUGCACUAUUUCUCUGAAUAUAUCAUGAAGAAAAAUAAACUCGGUCUUCCAAUCAGGAGUGAUAGUCGCAUGUCACCUAUUCAUCUUAACGACGUUUUUUGCGUAAUCCAUCGUAUCAUUUUUGACAAACAAGGUCAACUUCAUCGUGAAAUGGACCGCAAUCAUCAAAAAAGGCAUUAUACUCUUACCGGUCCAGAGGCCAUCUCUGCUAACACCUUCGUUGAUAUGAUGAAUAUAAUCAUCGACGCGAACGUUAAAUUUGAGGAAAUUAAACGUCAAGAAUGUGAAGCUUAUUUAAGAUCAUGUAAUCAACCAGAGAUUGAAUCUACUAAAUCCGACCAACAUGAAGAAAGUCGAGAUGACUUGUUCCCUACUCCAAAGCAAUGCCUCAACGAUAAUGAAAUCAUGACUGCAUGCGACAUCUUUGAUUACAUUAAAAGUGGAAAAGCCAAUUAUGUUUCUGGAGACGUUCAAAAAGUCACCGAUCGUGAACCCAUUCCUGUUAUUUGGUUCUUCAAGAAUCAUCGUGAGGAAUUUAAACCUAGAAAAUAA